UUUUUUCAUAGCACUUCAGAUAUCUGAGUUCCCCUCCAUAGCACUUCAGAUAUCUGAGUUCCCCUCCAUUGAAAUUAUUGCACCGAAACAGUGAAAAAUGUUCCAAACCUUUGCUUCCAGCACUACACCUCCAUCUUCUCCACACCCAUCUCUUUUUCCACCUACAAACCCCAAACAUGUCCCCAAAUCCUUCUCAUUCAUUGACCGCCGUCACCUCCUCACUUCACUUUCAAUAUCCAUCACCCACUUCUUCACUCACCUCAAUUCUCCAAACCCAUUUUCCAUAUCCAUCGCUCAAGCUCGCGGUCUCUUCCAAAUGCCUCCAGUUCGACUCACCAAUCGGUAUUUUUUGGUUAGAGCUGGUGAAUCUGAAUUUGAGAGCUUGGGGAUAAUCAACACCAACCCAGUUGCGAAAACGUCUAUGGACAACGGAUUAUCGGGGAAAGGGAAGAAGCAGACGGUGAGAGCGGCUUUUGAUCUGAAGGCAAUGGGGGCUUGUGAAGGAAGUUGUUGGGUUUGGCCUUCUAUUACUCAGAGAGCUUAUCAGGCUGCUGAGAUUAUUGCUGCUGUGAAUGGGGUUAAUCGAAGUCAUAUAGUUCCAGAAUACAGCUUUCUGGAUGCUCGUGGAUUGGGAGCUUAUGAAGGAAAGAACUUGGAAUCCAUUUCCAAAUAUUGUUUACAUGAAAUGUCUCAGGUAUAUGCAUCCGAUAGUCUUUCUAUGAACAUCAAGCCACCCCCUAUUGAUGAUGGAACACCAAAUGAGAGUGUUGCGGAUGUGUUUGUCCGUGUGACUCAACUCAUGUCAAUUCUUGAAACCCAGUACUCCGAGGACACAGUCAUUAUUGUCUCACCAGAUUCUGACAACUUAACAAUCCUACAAGCUGGUUUAGUGGGACUUGAUCUCCGAAGGCACAGUGAUCUUUCUUUCAGUCCCGGUGAAGUCAGAUUUGUUGAUCCUAGUAGCAUACCUACUUACAAGCGACCUGCAUCUGCUGUAUAUAAGUGUUUAAACCCACCAAGCUGUACUUGAAUUUAUCUACCUAGGAAUUUUUUGUACAAAUGUAUAACAGGCAUUUAGGGCAUAGUUGUUAAAGGCUUAAGGCGCACUAAGGCGCCAAAGGCCUUCUAGAGCUUAAGCGCAAGGCGCAGUAUAAGGCGCGAGCUUGAUCGAAGUAAGGCGCGCGUAUAUAAUAAUGUAUAAUUAACAAUAUAUUAUUAUAUAUAUUCAUAAUCAAGCAAUAAUUGCAGUUAAUGUUA